CAAACCACACCCAAAACCACACCGGAAAGAUGGUGACCGCCGGGCUAGAGAAGAAAGUAAAGGAUAAUUUCCUGACGUGCUCCAUCUGCUUGGAGAUGUACACAGACCCGUGUACACUGAGGUGUGAUCACACAUUCUGCAGGAAAUGUGUCACCUCAUACAUCCAAAUCAGACCUGAUGCUGUACAGUCCAAGACCAUCCUCUGUCCCUGCUGUCGACAACACACCAAGGUCACCCACCCCGGCAGGCCGGUGGAGGAGUGGGCGGGGCAGAUCAAAGCCAGCAUUGUGAUAAAGGGGCUGAUUGACACCUAUAGGUCCGAGGAAGAUGUGCAAGAGACUUCAAGCACCUGUUGUAUGAUCUGUCAGCAACUAGGGGAGACAACUCCAGGGGCCUUGUGGUGUGCUGAGUGUGGACUGGCCCUCUGCGACAAAUGUGUGAAGACACACCGGAUGACCCCUAUUUUAUUGAACCAUGACCUAUGUGACCUGUCAUCUAGGUCAAAGGUCAAACGGAGGAUCAAGUGUACGGAACACAAGAGUAACCGUCUUGAGUUCCACUGUCAAGACUGUGGGAAGGCUGCCUGUCAGACAUGUUGUAUCAUCUACCACAGAGCUUGUAAAACUGUCGUCACCAUUGAGUCUAUGAAGCCAGGGAUGAAGGCAGCACUGAUGGAGAAGAGACUUGGCAUGGAGAAGAGACUGAAAGUGAGGUCUAAGAAAGUAGACAUACGAAACGAGAAGCUCCAAAGUAAUUCUAGAAUCACAGAGUCAGCUGUUCAAAAUAUUAGGUUGAUCUGCCAGACAGCCAUUAACAAGAUUAAACAGAAAGAAACACAUCUCUUGGAAGAACUGAAUAACAUAUCACAGACAUACGCCGACCAACUCCAAGCUGAUGUGAAUCUGGAAGAGAUCGAGAUGCAGAUGUACAGACAACAUUGUGAGUUCAUCGACCAGGUCUUGGUAUCAGACUGUGAGAUGGACCUGUAUGACGCGUAUCAGGUCUGGGAGUCUGGAGCUGUAAAGAUGGAGGAUGUCAGAUGUACAGUGGCAGCAGACACCCGGAGAAUAGAUCACAUCGGGUUUACACCAGACACUGUAAAAGUCAUGAAGGUCCUAAAUAGUCUGCAGUUUGGGGACAUCGACGUCACAUACCAGGACAGAUGUCUGUCAACUCCUGUGCUGGUUGACACGAGAGAUGUGAGGGUGGUGGAUGAUGAGAAGCCUAAUCUAUCUGAUAUGAUAGUCCUGGUUCUAGAUGGUGUACAAACGUGUGUUGUUACGGACUAUAUGUGUGUGAAAUCUUUCUUCACAAGAAAUAAUCUUUCAUGCCACAGUAAGCUUCCCCUGGAUAACUCUCCACAAGGGAUGACACAGUUGAAUGAGAAGCAGGUGAUGGUUGCUGUCCCAGACUCCCGUCAGAUUGUAACGGUAGAAGUGACCCCUGACCUGGUGCUGCUCUCUACCAUCAAAACACGUGCCGGAUACUACAGUCUGGCUGUUCUGAAUCCUUCCUGUCUAGCAGCAGGUACGAUGAAAUGUGUUCAUAUACUGGACAUGGCUGGACACGUGUUGAGGUCAAUCACUAUACACAAUGGCGACUCACUGUUUGCCGACCCCGACUACAUGUGUGUCAACAACAAGGGCAACCUACUUGUGUCUGACUGGAGGAACAAGUCUGUGACAUGUCUGACGUCAGAGGGGGAUAUUGUGUGGAGAUACGCCCCUGCCGGAGACAAGGCACUCAGCUACCCUUAUGGUAUCACAACUACCAGCACAGGAGACAUCCUGUUUAUAGACAGGGUCAUGUACAACGUGAUACAGCUGACAGAGUCGGGGGAGUUUGUCAGGGAACUGCUCACGUUAGAAGAUGGCGGUGAGACGGGCAUGUGUGAUAUAUUCUGUGAUAAAUACGGUUUCUUAUUUCUAUGCACAGACACGGAAGUGAAAGAGUACGUGUUUGUCUGACAUAAAAAGCAAGAGAAUGAAAGUCAGUGCAGAGCUGUGGUUUAUGACAUUCUGUGCAUGGUGUUCGUCUGGAAUGGCUUGUGUUUUCACCAAAACGUAUGGGCAUAGCUUUGUCGGUGAAUUGCAGACAUGCAAUAUUCAAAUAGGUCGUUUCCAGCAUGAAGUGAAAAAGUCCACCAGGUGAAAGAUCACCAGCUGUUGUGGAGAUUCCUUGGAUGACCUGAGCUACAC